AUGGAAUAAAAAAACUUGUUAAUAAAAAAGCAGAAUUAUCAGCUUCAUCUUAUCAAUCCUCCUUAGUUCAGAGAAAAUUCAGAUCCAGAUAACCUAGAUGAUUUAAGACUCGAAGCUAAUUAGAUUUCUGCACAUUUAAUAUCAUAGCCGAGGUAGAUCAACCAUGUAACUAAGCAAUAUAGUACCAGAUAAUAAGAGAGAUAAAAAUUGAGACUAGCAAAAAUCCUGGAUUCUUAGAGAACAGAUAGAAUCGACUCGCAUAAAGAUUAAGCAUCAAAGUAGGAUUCGAACUAAGCCUUGAAGGAUCUAUUUAAAAAUUCUUUUCAUGAGUUCUUUGUAAAGAAUGAGAUAUUCUCUAAGACUUACAGAGAUAACAACUCAAGGAAUAUAGAUUUUUAGAACAAUUAAACAAGUCCUCGUAGAGGUAAUAUAAUUCAAUAACUUCCAAACCCACAUCAUAACAGGUACGUAUAUCAGCCAAAAAUUAACUUUCAAGAGUCUCCAUUAUUUAAAAAGCACAAUAAGUACUCUACGUUUUAACAAGUCUAUGCGUCUGCAACUAACCAAUCUACUGAAGCCUCCUCUCAUUUCAGCAAUUGUAAUACGCAUAGAGCUCAUUAACUGAGCACAUAAUUUCAUGAUCCAAUAUCUGCUAAAUCGAAGAUUGGUAUCCAAGAUAAUUUAAAUGACUCUCAACUAAUGAACUAGAUAAAGACUCCUCAAAAUGUGCUAACUCACUCAAUAGAUACUAAUAACGACACUCUCAAGAAGUUAGUCUAGCAAGUAGCAUGUCACCAUCAAGAUAUGAGAAGAAAUAGUCCAUUAAUUGCUUAGUCAACCUUCUACAACACUUAAUUAGUUUUUAUUCCUCAGCAUCGUAAAAGUUCAAAAAAGACUCCCUAUAAGGUUAGAAAUAUUCCUUCAGUUCACCAUCAACGACUUGGAUCUUUUGGUGAUUAGCAAAGUAAAAAUAUGACUUCAUCGCUUGACGAACAAGAAGCCUAAGAUCUCAUUAAGCUUCAUAGAGCCAAUUUCAGUUUAGACAAGGAGUCUUAUCGCAAAAAGUAUCUUUAAAAAAGAAUAGAAAUUCAGCAUAAGGAGGCAAAGAAGAUUCUUGAACUUAAAGAUAGUCUGAACUAAAAUAAGUUACUAUUAAAGAGCCUAGAUAGAAACCCAAGAAAUAAUUUGUAGCUUGAUGAAAAUUAUGUACCGCACACUUCUAUACAGAAGAGACAUGGUACUGAAUUCAUUACAGAGUUCGAUUAUAAAGAGGGGUUUAGAGUAUCAAAAAUGACAAUUAGGAAUAAGGAAGAAAGCAAGCGUCCUUUAAUUAAAGAAAUUCUUUGCAAAUCUAUUUUGAAGACAGAGCAAUAAAAAAGGAGAUCUCCUUUCAAAAAAUCAAUUAAAUUCGAUCAGGCUAGUCCCAAGCUCAAAGAUCCAAAUAUAAACCUUGAUAUACUUAACUUAAUUCAUCAUGAGUCGUCCAAUUGA